GCCCACCACACUAAUUACAACCUUAAUCUCUCAUUUAUUUUCUUCUUUGAUCUUUCUCUCCUCACAAGAGGGAAAGAUCUUCAUUUCUUGUCAUCUUUUUCUUCCUCGGUUGUUCUUCCUAUCAUGGGUGCCUGUGCCACCAAGCCUAAGGCCAAGGUCGAUACGGCCGUCAUCCCCGCACCCGAGCCUGUCGACGACAUGGUGAAGAACACCGAGGAAGUUAAGGUCGUGGAAGACGAGAAGAGGGUCGAUGAUGUAAUUGAUGAAAAGAAGAAGGACGACACCGAGAAAGUUGUCGUUGAGGAAGCCAAGCCUCCGUCUCUCGACUCCUUGCUCGUUGAGAAGGAAGCUGAAGUUCCAAGCGUGACGAAGGCGGAGGAGCAGCCACCGAAGGAGGCGGCGGCAGUGGCAGGGGCGAAAGAAGUGAAGAAGAGUGAAGAGAAAGCAGCGAAGAGGGAUGAGAAGAGCGCAUGAAGAAAUAAAAGGGAAGCGUUAUUAGUAACAGCGACAACGGAGUUGUUUUAUUGAUCUUAGCUUCUCAGCUAUUCAUUAUUCAAUUUGCGUAAUGUUUUAUGUAGGGUGUGGGGGUCUGGUCGGUGUUUCCUUUAUCAAAAUAUAGUAAUUAAAAGUAUAUUGAUGUCUAUU